AUGUCGACUGCGAAAGUCUCGAUCCCCGACCUCGCCACUACUGCAGCCACAGCGACCGUGACCACCACCACCGCUGCUGCAUCCGUUGCCGCCGUCGCUGCUGCCGAGUCGCCCGCCGCGCACGGCCUGUCUGGCGUUGUUCCGAUUGCCCAGGGCGGUGUGUCGCGCGUGCCGCACCACUGGUCGCGAGGGGCCUCGUCCAUGUCGCUCGUCGCCAGUCUCAGUCACGACCCUCCUGCGCUUCACACGCACUCGCACUCGCACCCUCACUCUGGGACGCAGUCUAACUCUGGGACGCAGUCGCUGUCCUUGUCGUCGUCGUCGUCGUCGUCGUCGUCCGGAUCCACGACUGCUCCGCUGCUGCUGCACGAUCACAACGGCGCGAGUCAGUUUGAGCAGGCGUUCGCGACCACGCACGCGCCAUUCUGCAUGAACGAGUCUGCAGACAAGUCCGUGUUUAUCAUUUACACUGGCGGCACCAUUGGCAUGAAGAAGCAGACAAACGGAUCGCUCAGCGUCGAGCCAG